CACACUUCACCUUUCAUCAGUCAGAGUAGGGGAUCGAUAAUGAGGCUACAGGUGUUUGGACCUUUAAAAAGCCUUCAGAAACUGGUCGUCCUACACAGGUAGUGCAGCUGAUUGCAUACAGGCUGAGGUGAGAAGAUGAACUCCAUGCGGGUGAUUUCCCUGACUCUGCUGCUUGCUGUUGCAGUCAGCGCUCAGGUCUUGAAGUUUGGCAAAUGUCCCAAGCUUGCUGUUCAGGCUAACUUUGAUGCUACCAAGUACAUUGGUAAGUGGUAUGAGAUCCAGAAGCUGCCAACAGCCUUUCAGAAAGGUGAGUGCGGCACUGCCACAUACAGCCUGAAGAGUCCGGGAGUCCUCGGGGUCUUUAACAGAGAGCUACUCAAAGAUGGAACCAUUAAUUCCAUCGUCGGUGCUGCCAAGGUCAAGGAUCCUGCUGACCCUGCCAAGCUGGAGGUCUCCUUCUCAGGCACCCCUCCUGGUCCCUACUGGGUCCUGUCCACCGACUACGAGGGACACUCUCUGGUCUACGGCUGCACCGACUUCAGCCUGUUUCACAUGGAGCUGACCUGGAUCCUGAGCAGGGAGCCCACUCUGUCUGAGGAGACCAUGGAGCAGCUGCACAGCAUCCUGUCCUCUGCCGGAGUCAGCGUGGAGAAGAUGAUCCCCACCAACCAUGAUGAGACCUACUGCAGGGCCAUGAACCAGUAACAAGAGAUACUCCUGUUUCAGGACUGUGAGACUGAGGAUGAUUUGAGUGUUUACGGUGCUACUGGCCAUGUUGGUGAUACGGUGUACAAAGUCAGUGCAAUAAACCUGUAAAAAGAAA